ACGUCAGAGGGGUCCUCCCACCGACUUCCGGAUUGGUUCUCGCUUCCUGCCGGACACACGUGGGCUCCGAGAUGGCGGAUCUGCAGAUGAAGUUACUCAGAAAGAAACUCCAGAAACGGAGCGAGAAGAUUCGCAAGAGAAACCUGGGCCGGCGAGAAGUCACGGAUAAAGCGGAAGCCGAGGAAGAACCAGAGAACUGCGAGUCUGAGGAGCGAACCCAGCAGGAAGCCCCCCAAAACGAGGACGUGCCCAAACCGGAAUCUGGAGAGGAUGCAGUUGCCCCAGCAACAUCUCCUACGUGCAAAAAGAAAAAGAAGAGGAAGAAGGUGGUGAAGACAGAUGAGAGCGAUGCAAAGAAACCAAAGACAGAGGAGGGUCCUGAGAGGUCAGCUGGUGACACAAAUGGGGAAAAUCCAAGUGAUGCCCAGGCAGUCGAUGAAGAGGAAGAUGCCCCCAGUUUACCGAUGGGUUUAACAGGUGCUUUUGAGGACACGGCGUUCUCCUCCCUGGCAGACGCUGUCAAUGAGAACACCCUACGAGCCAUUUCUGAAAUGGGCUUCACACACAUGACCGAGAUUCAGCAUAAGUCCAUCCGGCCCCUGCUGGAGGGCAGGGAUGUUUUGGCAGCCGCCAGGACCGGCAGCGGGAAGACGUUGGCUUUCCUUAUCCCGGCGAUAGAACUGGUCUACAAGCUGAAAUUCAUGCCCCGGAAUGGCACCGGCGUUCUCAUCUUGUCCCCGACGCGUGAGCUCGCCAUGCAGACGUAUGGAGUCCUCAAGGAGCUGAUGGCUCAUCACGUUCACACUUAUGGCCUGAUCAUGGGGGGCAGUAACCGCUCUGCGGAGGCACAGAAGCUCGCCAAUGGUGUUAAUAUUGUGGUGGCGACUCCUGGGCGGCUGCUGGAUCACAUGCAGAACACACCUGGCUUCAUGUACAAGAACCUGCAGUGUCUGGUGAUUGAUGAGGCUGAUCGGAUCCUUGAGGUUGGAUUUGAACAAGAAAUGAAACAAAUUAUAAAUCUGCUCCCAAAGCGCAGACAGACCAUGCUGUUUUCUGCAACUCAGACUCGGAAGGUGGAGGACCUGGCAAGGAUCUCACUGAAAAAGGAGCCAUUGUACGUGGGUGUGGAUGACCACAAAGACACAGCCACAGUAGAUGGCCUGGAGCAGGGCUACGUGGUCUGUCCGUCUGAAAAGCGAUUCCUCCUAUUAUUCACCUUCUUGAAGAAGAAUCGUAAGAAGAAGAUGAUGGUUUUCUUCUCUUCUUGUAUGUCUGUGAAAUAUCACUACGAGCUUCUCAAUUACAUCGACUUGCCGGUGAUGGCGAUUCACGGGAAGCAGAAACAGACCAAACGAACCACCACAUUCUUCCAGUUCUGUAACGCAGACUCUGGGAUACUGCUCUGCACGGAUGUCGCUGCCAGAGGCCUGGACAUCCCCGAGGUGGAUUGGAUCGUCCAGUAUGACCCUACUGAUGACCCCAAGGAGUACAUCCACCGAGUUGGCCGGACAGCGCGCGGUAUAGAUGGCAAAGGACACGCGUUACUGAUUCUCCGGCCGGAGGAGCUGGGUUUCCUGCGUUACCUGAAGCAGGCCAAGGUGCCUCUGAGUGAAUUUGAGUUCUCUUGGAGUAAAAUCUCUGACAUCCAGUCUCAGCUGGAGAAGCUGAUAGAAAAGAACUAUUAUCUGCAUAAAUCUGCGCAGGAAGCGUAUAAAGCGUACAUCCGCGCCUACGACUCCCACUCCCACAAACAGAUCUUUGAUGUAAACACCCUGGAUCUGCCCAAAGUGUGCCAGUCCUUCGGGUUCCUAGUUCCUCCGUACGUCGACCUGAAUGUGAACAGCAGCGGGGGCAAAAAGCCACAGAAACGGGGGGGCGGCGGAGGCUUCGGCUACCAGAAACCAAAAAGCUUUCAUAAAGCCAAGAUCUUUAAACAUAUCAAUAAGGGUGGCCGGAGCGACAGCCGCCAGUUCACACGCUGACCGCCGGGACCUUUAACUCCAACACUUCCCUUUACAUAUGAAAGUCCUUUCCCUCAAUUCGCUAAAUGGAAAUGUAGCCCCCUGUAUUGUCCCUCGUCUGGGCAGAGGCAUUUGCUUAUUUUAAAGGUGCUGAUCAGGCGUUGAUAUAAACUGUACAGAAGGUUAUAUUUGGGGUAUGUUUUCAUUUUCAACUAAAACAUGUUUGGAAGUGGGAAUCGAGUCACUUGUGGGGGGUAUUAGGAGCUGCUGUCUACGGUGGGUUUUCCCUGGGGGGGCUAUUAGGCUAGGGCGCAGCUCCUUUCUCUCUGGGGGGGGGUCUUUACAUUCCAUUUCUUGUCCCUGUGGAAUGAAUGUCUUUUGGCUCCGCCCACCAUCUCCCCAGUUUCUGUGAAAUGUCCAGAAUUCUCACCAUAAAUAUUUAUAUAUAAAAA